AUGGCCGCGCCGGCCGGCCGCCUCGAGCUCGCCUCGGCCUCGGCCGUCUCGGCGCUCGUCCCGCUCCGGCCCUUCCUGAGCACCCGGCUGCUCCGUCCCCGCGCCGUCUGGUCGCGCAGGUCCCGCUCCGCCUCGCGCGUGCGCCCACAGUCGGCCUCGCCGAGCUCACCUGCGUCCGCGCGCCUGAGCCGGCUGGCCGCUGCCGCGCUCGGACUCCUCCCCUCUUGCUGGCUCCCGGCCAGCCGGCUUCGCCCACCACCCGGCCAGCCUGGCCGGCUGCCGCGGCCCCGCGCCCGCCCGCUGGCCUCCCGCGCGCCGGUUUCCCCCGCGCCGGCUACUCCUCCGCCCGUCGCCGGCUCCCCCGCACCCGUGGCCGCCUGCUCCACUCCCGCUACACCGGCUGCGGUGCCCCGACGCCUCCCCACGCCGACUCGGCCGCGCGCGGCCGCCUCCCACGCCGCCCCGCCGGGUGCUGCCGUCGCCGCCUGCUCCACAACCGGCCACCGGGUCACGGCUCCCUCACCCCCGCCUGCUCGCCUCGGCCCCGGCCUCCCGCGUUGGCCGGUCGUUCGCCCCUCGCCGGUUACCGCCCGCCGACUCCCGCUAUCCGACUGCUUGUGA